UCAUUCAUACCUGCACUAUUGCACAAUUCAGUCGCGCGCGUGUUAACUGAAGGGACGUUCUGUGAGUGUGUUCUGUGUUUACGGUGCCUUUGCGUUGUGCAAUUUAAAAAAAAAACAAAAAACAAAAACUAAGUACGAUGGGCUCCUUGCCUCGCGUCGCUGUGGUGACUGGACCCAGAGCGCCCGUCCCGACUGCCCCCCUCACUCACCACCUCGGCCCUUUAGCCAAGAGCGACAGGACAGCUCUUAUUUACAAAGACGAGAUCUCCAGCGUUCAGGUCAGUCAUGCAGAGCUUGCAGCGAGGACUAAUGUCCUGGCGAGAGCUAUCAGCGAGAGGGCCAGGACUGUGGGACCGAACAGAGAUAGUGACUACGUAAUUGCUGUUUGUAUGCAGCCCACACACAAUACGAUAAUGGCGUUGUUAGCGACGUGGAAGGCAGGAGCAGCGUACGUACCAAUGGAGCCGAGCUUCCCUCAGGGCAGGAUCACUCACAUACUGAAGGACGCCGAACCUUCCCUUGUCAUUUAUGAUGAUAGCGCGGACCCCUCAAUGUUCAAGGAAAGCGGAGUACCGUUCGCGUCAUUCGAAGAGUUAGCGCAGGAAGCAACCAGCCACUCAGCCGACGAACCAAUGGAUGCGGAGACACUGGCUCCACUUACAAGUGACAGCAUCGCUAUCGUACUCUACACUUCUGGAAGCACCGGCAUUCCGAAAGGUGUGCGUUUGUCGUACUCGGCAAUCUGCAAUCGUCUCUGGUGGCAGUUCCGCACGUUCCCCUAUUCCGACUCCGAAGAGAUCUGCGUUUGGAAGACCGCGCUCACUUUCGUGGAUUCCGUCUGCGAGAUAUGGGGACCGCUGCUGCACGGGAGAGCCUUGCUAAUACUGUCGAGGGAGACCACCAGGGAUCCUCAGAAACUUGUCAACGUCCUCGCUGAUAAUCAGAUUGAAAGGCUCGUGUUGGUUCCAACUCUGCUACGUUCCAUCCUGAUGUACCUGGCGUUGGGCCCCGCCUCACGACCGCUGCGGCGUCUCAAGCUGUGGGUCUGCUCCGGGGAAACCCUCAGCAAAGAGCUGGCUUCGGAGUUCUUUAAGUACUUCGGCAAUGAGGACGGAUACAAGCUCGCCAACUUCUACGGAAGCACUGAAGUCAUGGGCGACGUGACGUAUUACGUCUUGGAAGGCAGCGACCAAUUGGAUUUGUACCCGACUAUUCCUAUUGGGAGGCCCUUGGACAAUUGUGCGAUAUACCUGUUGGAUGAGGAGUUGAGCCCGACCCGUGAUUCCGAGCCGGGCGAGGUUUGGGUCGCGGGAGCUAAUCUAGCCGCUGGAUACGUUGGAGGCGGCGGCGCGAACCGCUUCUGUGAUAACCCUCACGCCACUCAACCUGAUUUCCAACGUUUAUACCGCACAGGAGAUUUCGGGACUCUUGUUAAGGGCGCGGUGCUGUACGCCGGUCGCACGGACGCCCAGGUCAAGAUUCGAGGACACCGCGUGGAUCUGCUGGAAGUGGAAAGAGCGCUGGCCCAAGUCCCAGGAGUUGACAAGUGCGUGGUCCUAUGCUACGGUUUGGACAGAGGCAACCCUGAGAUCCUCGGCUUCGUCACAACCAAGCCGGGCGCUCGGACCAGCGCGCAGCACAUCGAGGGCAAGCUCAGGAACGCCCUGACCCACUACAUGAUGCCGCAGGUAAUCGAGGUUGAAAGCAUUCCUCUGCUGGUAAACGGCAAAGUGGACCGACAGGGACUCCUGAAGAUGUACGAGAACACGAACAACAAUGACGACGCCGAGGUAGCCGUCGACAUUGACUGCAGUGGCGCGGGGCUCGCGGACCUGGAGGCAGCCCGGGCCCUCUUGGAGACGGUGGGCGCCGUGCUCGGCAGGGCCGCCAGAGGAACGCUGUCUCUGAGGUCCGGCUUCUAUGAGCUGGGAGGGAACUCUCUGAACUCCAUCUACACUAUCACCAAGUUGAGGGACAGAGGUUACUAUGUGGAAAUCAGCGACUUCCUGGGAGCUUCCACUCUGGGCGAGGUUCUGUCGAAGAUGUCGACGGAUCCUAAUGGCGGCGCCGACUCGAAGGAGGCCACGUUCAUAGCCGUGCCCAUGAGGGAUGAGCACAAGAAGGAAGUUAUUGACAUGGUGGUGUCCUCGUUCUACGAGAAAGCCGAGCUGGAGCAGUUCUUGAAACACGAGAUCGAGACCAGGGACUACGCCGACUGCAUCGACGCGUGCUGGCCGGCACUGCUGCAGGCCGGACUGAGUGUCGUCCUCAAUGACGUGAACAGCGAACCAGUAGCAGUGGCUUUGAACUUCGACGUGAGAGACGAACCUGAGAUCGAGCUGUCUGGAGGGCUUGCCAAGAUCAUGGGAUUUUUGGAGUACGUGGAGGGUUCCGUGAGGGACACCAUGCUGCCCCACGGGAAAGGUGCUGUGCUGCAUUCGUUCAUGAUGGCGACGAGUGAGCGUCUGAGUGCACGAGACAAUGUGUCCGCCAUCCGCGCUCUGGAGCUAGCCACAGACCGAGUAGCGAGACAGAGACGCUUCAGAGGCGUGUUCACGACCAACACGAGUCCGCUCACGCAGCAACUCGGCACAGAUAUACUCGGAUUCAAAACACUGCUAGACUACCAAAUAAAUCAGUACGUGGACCCCAACGGCGAAAGGAUCUUCGGAAAAGCACCUGACGAUAUGAGGGCUAUUGUGUGCUGGAAACCCUUGGACUAAUUGACCUGCAGCAGGGCGGUAGCACGAUACGA